ACGGAAGUCACGGAGAGACAGGGAAGUAGAAGUGAUGACCAAGGCCGAAGCAGAAACUGAAACUCACUAUGGUGGUGGUGGUGGGAGGGCAGUCUCACUGACCUGACUGCUCAUUAAGGAGGGAGAAGUUAACUGAGAAAGUUAUCACGGAAACAGUCACCACAAGACUCACCUCUUUACCACCAAAAGGAGGGACCAGCAAUGGCUAUGCUAAAACAGGGUCUCUCAGUAGUGGAAGUCGGCUGGAGAAGCAGAGCCUACUACAUGGCAGCAGCGGCUACAUAAACUCAACUGGGAGUACACGGGGACAUGCCUCCACCUCCAGUUACAGGAGAGCUCAUUCACCUGCCUCCACACUGCCCAACUCACCAGGCUCAACCUUUGAAAGGAAGAUGCAUGUCACUCGCCAUGGAACCUACGAAGGGAGCUCCAGUGGCAACUCUUCUCCAGAGUAUCCUCGAAAGGAAUUUGCAUCCUCUUCAACCAGAGGGCGGAGCCAAACCCGAGAGAGCGAAAUUCGAGUUCGACUGCAGAGUGCAUCCCCAUCUACCCGAUGGACAGAACUAGAUGAUGUGAAGCGCCUGCUGAAGGGGAGCCGAUCAGCCAGUGUGAGCCCCACCAGGCACUCUUCCAACACGCUUCCCAUCCCCAAGAAGGGCACAGUGGAGACCAAGACAGUGACGGCCAGCUCCCAGUCAGUGUCCGGCACCUACGAUGCAACUCUCCUCGAUGUCAACCUUCCCUCCCACAUGUGGUCCUCCACCUUGCCAGCAGGGUCCUCCCUGGGGACCUAUCACAACAACAUGACCACCACCCAGAGCUCAUCCCUCCUCAACACCAACGCUUAUUCCUCAGGAUCAGUCUUUGGACUUCCGAAUAACAUGGCAUCCUGCUCCCCCACUCUGCACCCUGGACUCAGCACCUGCUCCUCAGUGUUUGGUAUGCAGAACAACCUGGCCCCCAGCUCGACUGCCUUGUCCCAUGGUACCACCACCACCUCCACAGCCUAUGGUGUGAAGAAAAACAUGCCCCAGAGUUCUGCCACUGUGAGCACCGGCAUGUCCACCUCUGCGGCCUGCACCACAAGUGUGCAGAAUGAAGACCUCAUGCACAAGGAUUGCAAGUUCCUAAUCCUGGAGAAAGACAACUCGCCUGCCAAGAAGGAGAUGGAGCUACUGAUCAUGACCAAGGACAGUGGAAAGGUCUUCACAGCCUCCCCUGCCAGUGUCACAGCAACUUCUUUCUCAGAUGACACCCUGAAAAAGGAAAAGCAAGCUGCCUACACUGCUGACACCCACCUAAUAGCAGAAGCAAAUGGCAAUGCGAAGACUGCUCCCACAAAGGGCAAAGUUACCUCUGCAGAGAACUAUGGCUACAAGCAUGGAGGAGGCAGCAGCGGAAGUGGCGGUGUUGUUGGUGGUGGAGGUGGGGGUCCGUGGGGGGCAGCCCCUGCCUGGUGCCCCUGCGGCUCCUGCUGCAGCUGGUGGAAAUGGCUGCUGGGCCUGCUGCUGACCUGGCUGCUGCUGCUUGGUUUGCUCUUCGGCCUCAUUGCUCUGGCGGAGGAGGUGAGGAAGCUGAAGGCACGUGUGGACGAGCUGGAGCAGCACAGCAGCAGAGUGCUGCUGUUUGAUGAGAAGGCAGAGCAGAUCCAGAAGGAUCGGCUGCUGGGAGAUGCGCACAGGGUGGGAACAGCCGGACUGGACGGUGAUGGUCAGGAGGCCCUGUGGCUCUUCGUGAGGAACAAGCUCAUGACAGAACAAAAAAAUGGAAAUCUCCUGGGAAGCCCUGGGCCAAAAGGUGACAUGGGAAGUCAAGGCCCUAAAGGGGACCGAGGACUGCCUGGGACUCCAGGUGCCCCUGGGCUACUGGGACAUCCAGGUCCUGAAGGACCAAAAGGACAAAAGGGCAGUGUGGGAGAACCUGGCAUGGAGGGACCUCUGGGUCAGAGAGGGCGAGAAGGGCCCAUGGGACCUCGCGGUGAACCUGGACCUCCUGGCUUUGGAGAGAAAGGAGACAGAGGAGCUUCUGGUGAACCUGGCGUUCCGGGCCCACCUGGUAUCCCAGGUUCUCCGGGUCCCAAAGGUUCCAGUGGUUUUCCUGGCCCUCGGGGGGCCCCAGGUCCCCAAGGGAUCCAAGGUGAAUUGGGGCUCCCUGGAGUCAAAGGUGACAAAGGACCAAUAGGACCACCAGGACCCAAAGGUGACCAUGGUGAGAAAGGAUCCCGAGGCCUCACAGGCCAGUCUGGCUUGAGAGGUUUGCCUGGUGCUAUGGGAGAACCAGGGGCCAAAGGAGCAAUGGGACCCCCUGGCCCUGAUGGACUCCAGGGUCAAAGAGGUGAACAAGGUCAUACAGGGAUGCCUGGAACCCGUGGCCCACCAGGCCCUGCUGGCGACCCAGGGAAGCCAGGUCUCACUGGACCCCAAGGACCUCAGGGGCUUCCUGGGUCUCCCGGGCAACCAGGGACUAAAGGUGAACCAGGAGCUCCAGGAAAAAUUAUGACUUCAGAGGGAGCAUCGACCAUCACUGUCCCAGGUCCCCCGGGACCUCCUGGAGACAUGGGACCACCAGGACCUCCAGGUGUUCCAGGUCCUGUCGGCCCAGCUGGUCUCCCAGGACAGCAAGGCCCACGAGGGGAGCGAGGACUAUCCGGCGACUCAUUCUUGAGCAGCAGCACCUCCAUCUCAGAGGUGCUGGCCGCCCAGGGUCUUGAUUUACGAGGUCCCCCAGGCCCACCUGGGCCACGUGGGCCACCAGGACCAGCCAUUCCAGGCCCACCAGGACCCCGAGGCCCUGCAGGGGAAGGCUUGCCAGGCCCACCAGGCCCACCAGGAUCAUCUCUGUCCAGCUCAGAGACCUUCUUCUCUGGCCCUCCAGGCCCCCCAGGCCCCCCAGGCCCCAAGGGAGACCCAGGCGAGCAAGGCCUUCCAGGCUUCUCCUCAGGUUCCAGCAACUUCAACCUGCAGGGACCACCAGGCCCACAGGGACCUAAGGGUGACAAAGGUGAUCCUGGUGUCCCAGGAGCUCCUGGCAUUCCUGGUGGUCUGGCUCAAGGGGGAUCUUCGAGCUCCCUGUUCCUUCAGGGCCCACCAGGUCCCCCGGGACCUCCAGGACCUCCAGGCUCCAUCAGCAGCUCCGGCCUGGAGAUUCAACAGUACAUCUCUGAUUACAUGCAGAGUGACAGCAUUAGGUCUUACCUCUCUGGAGUUCAGGGGCCCCCAGGCCCACCUGGCCCCCCCGGACCUGUCACCUCCAUCACAGGGGAGACUUUCAACUACUCAGAGCUGGCCAGCCUUGUCGUGAGCUACUUGCAGACCUCGGGGUAUAGCAUCAGCUCCUCGUCAUCAUCCAUCUCCUCUCAGGACAUCCUGGCUGCACUGCAGAGGGAUGAGGUGCGGCAGUAUCUGCGACAGUACAUGGCCGGCCUGCAGGGGGGCUCUGGGCCAGUGGGAGCUGGCGGGGAGUGGCUGCUACAGUCCCUGGACUACUCGGAGCUGAGCAACCGUAUCCUCAGCUACAUGUCCAGUGCAGGAGUCAGCAUUGGGCUGCCUGGGCCCCCAGGGCCCCCUGGCUUGCCGGGAACAUCCUAUGAGGAGCUCCUCUCCCUGCUCCAAGGGUCUGAUUUCCGUGGCAUCGUUGGCCCACCAGGCCCUCCUGGGCCUCCAGGGCUCCCAGGCAGCACAUGGUCCAGCAUCAGCGUGGAGGACCUCUCCUCGUACCUGCAUAUGGCUGGCUUGUCAUCCAUCCCAGGCCCUCCAGGCCCUGCUGGUCCUCCUGGUCCCCAGGGCCCUCGAGGGCCUCCGGGGGUCUCAGCAGCUCUGGCCACUUAUGCAGCUGAAAACAGUGACAGCUUCCGGAGUGAGCUGAUCAGCUACCUGACAAGUCCCGAUGUCCGAAGCUUCAUCGUCGGCCCCCCAGGCCCCCCAGGCCCCCAGGGGCCCCCUGGAGACAGCCGCCUGGUGUCCAUGGAUGGCUCAUACAGCCAGGGGAGCAGAUCGUCCUCCCACAGCUCAUCAGCCAGCAGGGACUCCUCCUACAGCACUUCCAUGGGCAUCGGAGGAGCCAGCGCUGGCUCCCUGGGUGAAGGGGGUGCCUUUGGCCUGGGCCUGGGCCGAGGCUAUGGGGCAGCAGAAGGUGGCCUGUAUGGUGGCAAUGGCGAAUCGUUCGGGGCUGGUUAUGCUGGAGGUCUGGAUUACAAUGAGCUGGCUGUUCGGGUAUCGGAGAGCAUGCAGCGCCAGGGUCUGCUGCAGGGGCUGGGCUAUGCUGUCCAGGGCCCACCAGGCCGGCCUGGGCCCCAAGGGCCCCCUGGCAUCAGCAAGGUCUUCUCUGCCUAUAGCAAUGUGACUGAGGACCUCAUGGACUUCUUCCGAACUUAUGGAACCAUUCCAGGACCCCCUGGACAGAAGGGAGAGAUGGGCAUCCAAGGACUCCAAGGUGAGCGGGGACCUGCUGGACCACCAGGUCGACCUGGGCCACAGGGCCCUCGAGGACAAAAGGGAGAAAAAGGAGACAGAGGUGACCAAGUCUACUCUAGGAGAAGAAAGAGAAAUGUUGCCAUCAAGCCUUGAGUGGUCUUUGGCAGGACAGCACCCUGGAUCAGUUCCAGCAAUGACUUAUGGCAGUGAAAGCCAGAACCUCUAAAACAUGUGAUCAAGCAUCUAUAGCCAAAUAGUCAACUAGAACACCUGAUGUAGUUUGGAAAUACAUGUAUGAGAAAGGGAGACAGGACAACCAAGGAAACACAGUCUGAAAGAGCUUCCUUGGGUGGGAAGAGUAGUUGUAGAAUGAGACCUACUUCUCUGCUAUCUGACCCUGACUGAGCUCCUUGGCUUCUUUAACAUUGACUCCAAACCCCAGCCUAGGAAAGACAGUUACAUAAAUAUUAACUCAAAGAGUAAUGAGACUUGAAGAUGGAAGCUGGGGGUGGGCUUGUAUCCUGGUUACUGCCACGAGAUUGGACAACCAGCUCCUUUCUCUCCUGUUCACCCUGCACUCUCUAGUCACAGAAGCAACUCUUGCAACAGAAACAAUUAAGACAUUCACUUCCCCUUAAGGUGGUGAUAGGGCUACUAGUAGUUAUUUAUCACUGCAUAUCAUGUUCCCAAAUGCUUAGAAAGUUUGACUGCAGGUAUGAUUUGUAUCGCUAGGUCUGUGCUAUUAUAUAGAUAUUAUAGUGAACUAGACUACAGCAAAGGAUGAAAGGGAGGAGAGGGAAAGAUGUCACUUCUGUUCCGCACUUAGGAAAUGGCAGGGGAGACUGAGAGCUGUUUUAAAGCACUUUCAAUGUCUAAAGGCAUUUGUGUGGUCUGUUAGAUGAAAAGUCAUUUCAACUGUAAGACUUGCAAUUAAAGAGUUUUUUUUCUUAA